UUAUUUUUACAAGUAAAUAGAAUUCUCUGAGUUAAGACAUGCUUAUUUUUUUUAUUAUAACAUACAUUUGUAGUUUCAUUUUAGAUUUUUAAUUUAUUUCAAUCAGUUAUUAUGUAUAAAAUAUUUUAGUCUUGCAACUAUACUUGCAUUUAAAUUAGUAUACGUACAAUAUGAAACUCUUAUACUCAUAAGCUAUAGCUCCAACGUGUAGUAGUCGAAAUGCUUUGCUCUAACCCUUGCAACAUAAAGCGUCUAUUACAUUGGAUCUGAACAAUUAUCCCUUAGAUAUGCAAACUACUGUGAAUUUCUCAUUCCGAACAAUUACACGUCAUUAUUGUGGAGCGGGACGUUAAAUGUCGCUUUUACAGAAAACUAAAUUCAGCUCGCGACACAGCCUUUGUCGUCAUGCGAAUGAAUUUCAAAACAAUCAGUGAAAUCCACGAUGGAUAUGUUGCCGUCUUUUCGUGUCCUCGCGUACCUUGGAAUUUGGAUAGAAGAAGGUUCUAGUUUCGUAUUUUUGCGGAGAUUGUGCGGAUUGUUCUUGUCAAAUACGAUAUUUUAUUUCACUCUAACGGAAGUAAUAGAGCUGUACUUGUUGCGGAACAAUAUCGAGGAACUCGUGGACGUGAUGUUUUUGACUGUGACUUUCGCUAUGCUGUGCUUGAAGAUCCUCAACUUCAAUUUUCGCCACAAGGGCUUAUUGAACUUGCUCACGGAUUUUCGCAUGGAUGUAUGCAAAGCUAGAUCACCGGAAGAGGAAAAUAUUUUGAACAAGUAUACCACGAAAAUUUUGAAUAUAUUUCAAAAUAUUUUGGUACUAUCGCAGGCAACCGGUAUCUUUUUCUGCGUCCUACCGUUCAUAACUCUGGAACCAGCUGAUUACGAGAUACCUUAUAAAACUUACCAAUUUUACGACGAUACGACUGCUAUGGGUUUUACCAUAACCUGUGUUAUUCAGUUCAUAGCACUAAUAUUCGGCAUUUUCAUCAAUGUGUCCAUGGACACGAUGAUAUACGGUUUUAUCAUAUUAUCCACUGGUCAGUUCGAAUUGAUAAGCUACAGGAUAAAUAAGUCUUCGAAAGAAAAUGACAGAGCGUUACUGAAACAGUGUAUUAUGCAUCAUAAUUGUAUGAAUAAUUUAGUAAAAAAGACGACAAACCUUUUUAUGACUGUGAUUGCUCCGCUCUUCUUCUUCAGCUUGCUUACUUUGUGUGCCAGCAUUUUUCAAAUGUCCCAGAACGAUAUAAUAAGUCUUGAAUUUUUGGGUUUUGCCAUGUAUCUCUCGUGCAUGCUCUGUCAAGUUUUUCUCUACUGUUGGUAUGGAAACGAACUCAAGCUGAAGAGUGCAGAUCUUGUCAAUGAAGUUUUUGGAAGUGACUGGACCGUGUUGGAAUAUACAGAAAAGAAGACUCUGUACCUGCUAAUGUUGUCCGCUCAGAGACCCUGCGAUAUAUCUUGGCGAGGACAAUGUACUCUGUCUUUGGAAACUUUCGUGUGGAUAAUGAAAACGUCGUAUACAGCAUUCAAUUUAUUGCAACGAUACGUAGAAACAAUGGACGUAUUACCACUGAAUUUCAGAAUCUUGCAAUACUGUGGCAUUUGGUACGAAUAUCCAGAGCACUUGUGGAUGGUAAAAACGGUCUACAAGACGUUCGUUGUAGUUGUGCUGUUCUCUCUCACGUUGUCGGAACUCAUUGAGCUUGGACUGAUUAGUAAUAAUGUCCAUGAAUCGACGGAGUGUCUUUUUUUAUCGUUGACUUUUUUAACUAUUUGCUUCAAAAUUAUCAAUUUCAUGUGCCGACAAGAUAGUUUGAAGGAGAUCUUGGACGCCUACCGGGUGGAUAUUUUUCGACCGAAAACAGCGGAGGAGAAGCAGAUAAUCGUGAAUUAUCAGAACGUAAUAUCAACAUUCUUUGUGAUAUAUUUGACUAUGGCUUUGAUGGCAGGUACAUGUAUGAUUCUCGUGCCUAUCAUAAGCUCGACGAGCAAUGACACUGAGCUUCCCAUAAAGACUUAUCAACCGUAUAAUACUCAAGAUUUAAUGCUUUAUUCGAUUACGUAUUUUCAUCAAAUCUUAAGCUUUCUUUUUGGCAUCUUAAUAAACGUUUGUAUGGACAUGUUGGUUUGCGGAUUUGUAAUUCUAGCGUGUUGUCAAUUGGAUUUAUGUGGUCACAGAAUCGGCCAGAAUCAAAUGGAUAUACCUGCCAAAGAUCAUAUAACGCAUCAUAUAUUAAUUGGAGAUGUAGUUAAAAAAGUGCAAUCUUUUUUCAUCGUUGUUGUAGUACUCCUAUUUUCUUGUAGUCUGAUUAUUUUGUGUACUAGUUUAUUUCAAAUGCCUCAGCAAAAUAUUAUGACCCUUGAAUUUUUUACUUUGUUCAUGUACCUAAUGAGCGUUUUAUAUCAAAUAUUUGUAUACUGUUGGUUUGGAAAUCAACUUCAAUUGAAGAGUAAAUCAAUAUCUGAUGCAAUAUAUGACAGUAACUGGGCUGAUCUAACGCCUCACAAAAGAAAAGAUUACCUCUUCAGUAUGUUUAUGAGCCAAAAUGGAUUUACCAUUUCUUUUCAUGGACAAUGCAGCAUUUCAAUUCAAACAUACGUUUGGAUCGUAAAAACUUCUUACGGAGCUUAUAAUCUACUGCAAAAGACUUCAGCUUAAUUUAAGUAAAUGUCGUAGCCAAAAUAACAGAAGUACAGCUAGCUUUCUACCGUAUCACAAAAUAUAUUUAAGGCUAUGUAUUAAGAAUAAUAAAGCACUGAAAGAAUAAAAUAGUUUGAAGCACAAAUUUAAUGUCAUUAGCACUAUCAACACAUUUUCUGUCCAAGUCUCGUCAGCGUAUAUGCAGAGCACCAAACACUAUACGAAUUUUCGUGAUCAAACUUUCUUCACAAGUACAAAAAGUA